AUGAAGACCAAGGAGUUCUCCAAACAGGGCAGGGACAAAAUUGUGGAGAACCUGACCAUGGCGACAAUUGGAGAUUUCGACCCGCUCAACUCAACGGUACCUGCGACCAAGAUUGAAGUUACCGUCUCGUGCAGGAACCUGCUGAAUAUGGACACUUUCUCCAAAUCAGACCCUGUUGUAGUGUUGUACGUUCAAGGCAUCGGGACAAAGGAGUGGAGAGAGUUUGGCCGAACGGAAGUGAUUGAGAACACGCUGAACCCGGACUUUGUGCGGAAGUUUGUCCUGGAUUUCUUCUUCGAGGAGAAGCAGAAUCUUCGCUUUGAUGCGUACAAUGUGGACACCAGAAGUUCAAACAUUUCAAAACAUGACUUCCUGGGCCAGAUGUUCUGCACUCUGGGGGAGAUCAUCGGUUCCACAGGCAGUCGGCUGGAGAGAACCCUCUCUGGGAUCCCAGGGAAAAAGUGUGGGAACAUCAUAUUCACCGCUGAGGAACUGAGUAACUGCAGGGACAUUGCUACCAUGCAGCUGUGUGCCAACAAGCUGGACAAGAAAGACUUCUUUGGCAAGUCAGACCCAUUCCUGGUCUUCUACCGCAGUAAUGAAGACGGAACGUUCACCAUCUGCCAUAAGACGGAGGUGGUAAAGAAUACUCUGAACCCUGUGUGGCAGCCCUUCACCAUCCCUGUACGAGCCCUCUGUAACGGAGACUAUGACAGGACAGUCAAGGUGGACGUGUAUGAUUGGGACAGAGAUGGAAGUCAUGACUUCAUUGGCGAGUUCACCACCAGCUACAGAGAAUUCUCCAGAGGCCAGAGCCAGUUCAACGUCUAUGAGGUUCUAAACCAUAAAAAGAAAGGCAAGAAGAAGAAAUACAUCAAUUCAGGGACCGUCACACUGCUGUCCUUUAAAGUGGAGUCAGAAUACACGUUUGUAGACUUCAUCCGGGGAGGGACGCAACUCAACUUCACAGUGGCCAUCGAUUUCACAGCGUCUAAUGGUAACCCAUCCCAGCCCACCUCUCUGCACUACAUGAGUCCCUACCAGAUGAAUGCCUACGCAAUGGCCCUGAAGGCUGUGGGGGAGAUCAUCCAGGAUUACGACAGUGACAAGAUGUUCCCUGCCUACGGCUUUGGAGCAAAGCUGCCCCCGGAUGGCAAGAUCUCCCAUGUCUUCCCACUGAACUCCAACAGUGAGAACCCAAACUGUGUGGGUAUCGAGGGAGUGUUGGAGGCCUACUUCCAGAGUCUCCGAACUGUUCAGCUCUACGGGCCCACCAACUUUGCUCCUGUCAUCAACCAGGUGGCACGGUGUGCUGAGGAUGUGACUGACGGAUCCCAGUACUUUGUGCUGUUGAUGAUCACAGACGGAGUCAUCUCAGACAUGGUGCAGACCAAGGAGGCUGUGGUCAAUGCUGCCGCUCUGCCCAUGUCUAUCAUCAUAGUGGGAGUGGGUCCUGCUGAGUUUGAUGGUAAGUGUCUGUCCGGUGGGGGGGGGCUUUUAAAUUGCAUGGUGCUGACCCAGCUUCUGUUCUUCUCUCAAUGCUAG